CGUGAAGAAGUUUAAGUGACUGCUUUACUUGAUCAAAAUGGUGGACACUGAAAACCAGCUCUAUCCCCUUACUCCCUUGGAGGAGGAUGAUAUAGGCAGCCCUUUAUCUGGAGAGUUCCUACAAGAUAUGGAGAAUAUUCAAGACCUCUCUCAUUCUCUAGGUGAUGAUAGCUCUGGACCUUUAAGUUUAACAGAGUUCCAGUCACUGGGAAAUGGUCCAGGAUCUGAUGGAUCAGUUAUAACAGACACCCUUUCACCAGCAUCCAGUCCUUCAUCCAUUAAUUUUGCCACAGCUCCAGGUAGCAUAGAUGAAUCACCCAGUGGAGCAUUAAACAUUGAAUGUAGAAUUUGUGGGGAUAAAGCCUCAGGCUACCAUUACGGAGUACAUGCUUGUGAAGGUUGUAAGGGUUUUUUUAGAAGAACAAUUCGUUUAAAACUCAUCUAUGAUAAAUGUGAUCGCAACUGCAAAAUUCAGAAAAAAAAUCGUAAUAAGUGCCAAUACUGUCGUUUUCAAAAGUGCCUUUCAGUUGGAAUGUCACAUAAUGCAAUACGUUUUGGACGAAUGCCAAGGUCUGAGAAGGCCAAGUUGAAAGCAGAAAUUCUAACAGGUGAAAAUUAUGUAGAAGAUUCUGAAAUGGCAGAUCUUAAAUCACUUGCCAAAAGAAUUCAUGACGCUUACCUGAAAAACUUCAAUAUGAACAAGGUUAAAGCCAGAAUCAUCCUUGCAGGGAAAACUAAUAACAAUCCACCAUUUGUUAUACAUGAUAUGGAUACCUUGUGUAUGGCAGAGAAGACCCUGGUGGCAAAGUUGGUAGCCAAUGGAAUUCAGAACAAGGAAGCGGAAGUUCGGAUCUUCCACUGCUGCCAGUGUACGUCUGUAGAGACUGUCACAGAACUUACUGAAUUUGCCAAAUCUAUCCCUGGCUUCUCCAAUCUUGACUUGAAUGAUCAAGUGACACUGUUAAAGUACGGAGUUUAUGAAGCCAUAUUUGCCAUGUUAGCAUCUGUGAUGAACAAGGACGGGAUGCUGGUAGCCUAUGGAAAUGGUUUUAUAACUCGGGAGUUCCUGAAAAGCCUGAGAAAGCCAUUCUGUGAUAUAAUGGAGCCAAAAUUUGAUUUUGCAAUGAAAUUCAAUGCACUAGAAUUGGAUGAUAGCGAUAUAUCCCUUUUUGUUGCUGCCAUCAUUUGCUGUGGAGAUCGUCCUGGUCUUGUAAAUGUAGGACACAUUGAAAAAAUGCAGGAGAGCAUUGUGCACGUACUGAAACUUCACUUGCAAACCAACCAUCCUGAUGACAUCUUCCUCUUCCCGAAACUUCUCCAAAAAAUGGCUGACCUCCGACAACUUGUCACAGAGCAUGCUCAACUUGUUCAGAUAAUUAAGAAGACUGAAUCUGAUGCACAUUUACACCCUUUACUACAGGAAAUCUACAGGGAUAUGUAUUAAGGAUUUUUAGUGGUUUUUCCACAAUAUUUAAAGACAAGAGCAAUACUAAUAAGACGUGGGAGCAAAACUACUUGCACAGUUAUCUGCUGUUCAUUCAGUCCAGAGCAUGAAAAAUCAAAAAACUAGGUAACUGGACUGUUACACUUCUUUUGGUUUGGGAUCUUUUGUCUUCUUUUGAAAGAGUUCUGCAGAAAAAUACUGAUCAUAGUGCUCAUGAAGUGUCUUA